AUGUUGUCCUGUUUGGCGCCGUCGUCUUCACGUUUCGGCCAAGAGGAUACCAUCAUACAGCAGAGCAUGCCAUCCACCGCCUUCACCAUGCAGUUCCCCUCGCUGGCCUCCAGUCUGCUUCAUCACAACCAGUCGCCGAAGCAUAGCAAUCCAGGCAAUGUGGUCCAGGAUGCCCAGAUUGCACAGCCAGGACAGGCAGCAGAUGCCUUUAUGGUCAAUUGCACCCAAUGCCACAAGCGAUUCAUAGGGUUUCAGAGCCUCAGUGAGCACAUUGCCAGCGAGCAUCCCCACGACAAGCUAAACUGUGGAGCUGCUCAGCCCGAGAGCGAUGCUGAGGAUGAGCAGAGCAAUCUAAGUGGCAGCAGCAGUCGGCGGUACAUCAAGUCACCUGGGCAGGUUGCCACUGGACACAAUACCAACAUUAGUGCCAAUUCCACUAGCAACAACAACUCCAGUAAUAAUAAUAACAACAACAGUGAGCUGACCAAAAACCACAACAGCAACACAACGCCAAAAAUGUCACCCAUGUGCUCACCUGGCUCCAUGCCACCGAGUGACUUGUUUGCUCACCUGCCCCAAAGUACGCCACAGUUGCAGUUGCAAGCACAGUUUAUGGCCGCCGCUUUGGCCAUGCAAUCCGCCCGAACCGCUAGCUCCAGUUCGCCACAGCAACACCAGCAGCAGCAGCAGCAGCAGCUGCAACAUCACCAGCAGCAACAGCAGCAACAUCAGCAGCAGCAGCAGCAGCAUUUGGCCUUGCAGCAACUGCUGCCACCUCAGCUUCCUGGUAGCAAUAGCAGUGUGGGCAGCAAUUCCGCCUACGAUUUGGAUUUGAGUGCUCCACGAUCCACUUCCAGUCCGGGCUCCACCACCGGAGAUCGAGAGCUGGGCGGUGCCUAUCCCUGCAUGCAAUGCACAGCUGCCUUUGCCACACGGGAGCAACUCGAGCAACAUCAGCUGUUGCACUCGCCCAGUGGCCAGCCAGCGGCACAGAAUGUCUCUCAGACCUGCCGCAUCUGCCAGAAGGCCUUCGCAAAUGUGUAUCGCCUGCAGCGGCACAUGAUCAGCCAUGAUGAAAGCGCUUUGCUGCGAAAGUUCAAGUGCAAGGAGUGCGACAAGGCUUUCAAGUUCAAGCAUCAUCUCAAGGAACAUGUCCGCAUCCAUUCCGGGGAAAAGCCCUUUGGCUGCGACAACUGCGGCAAGCGCUUCUCCCACUCAGGCAGCUUCUCCUCCCACAUGACGUCCAAGAAGUGCAUCAGCAUGGGCCUCAAGCUGAACAACAAUCGUGCUCUGCUCAAGCGGCUGGAGAAGAGUCCCGGCUCCGGAGGCGCCGCUCGUCGGUCGCCCUCGGAUCAGGGCCAUAAGCAGGAUCAGCAAUCGGGACUGCCGGGUUUGCCCAAUCCAAUGAUCUACUUUGCCAGCGAUGCUCAGGGACAGGCGGGAAAUGCGGCGGCCACGCCCUUCCAACCCUUCCAUCCCACGAACUACAUGAAUGCGGCUCUGUUUUCCUUCCCCAAUCCCUUCAUGGCUGCCGCCGCUUUGGAUCCUCGCGUUCAUCCGUACAGCAUCCAGCGGCUGCUGCAACUCACGGCUGCUGGACAGCAACAGAGGGAGGAGCAGGAGCUGCAACAGCAGCAGCAGGAGGACAGGGAGCCCGAGGAGGAGACGCCCGAUGAGCCCAAGCUGGUCAUGGACAUUGAUGAGCCGGAGACCAAGGAUCUAAGGGCAGCCACACCCGAAAUCCAAGAAGAGGCAACAGCUCCCAUUAAGCAGGAGCCCAGCAGGGAAGCCUCUCCAGUUCCCGAAAGUGAUCCUGCUUCGCCGCACGAGAUCAAGCAAGAGCAGGUGCAGGAACCACUGUCAGUAGAGGAGGUUGAGCCACAGUCCUCGGUUGAAGAGCCUUCCCAAAUAGAGCAACCCGCCGAUCUACGCUGCAGUCGCUGCUCCAAGCAGUUCAACCAUCCAACGGAGUUAGUGCAGCAUGAAAAGGUGCUGUGUGGCCUGAUCAAGGAGGAGCUAGAGCAGCAUUUCCAUCAACAACAGCAGCAGCAGCAACUGCAGCAUCAAACCACGUCCUUUGUGAUGCCCUCCGCCAGCGAAGAAGACGACGAGGAUGAGGAGAUGGAAGAGGAGCCGCGACAGGAGAGCGGUGAGCGCAAGGUCCGAGUGCGAACGGCCAUCAACGAAGAGCAGCAGCAGCAAUUGAAGCAACAUUACUCCCUGAACUCACGACCCAGCAGAGAUGAGUUCCGCAUGAUUGCUGCUCGUCUGCAGCUCGAUCCCCGCGUGGUCCAAGUCUGGUUCCAGAACAAUCGAUCUCGGGAGCGAAAGAUGCAGAGUUUCCAGAGCAAUCAAACCACGCCGGUGGCCAACAAUGAAGCGCAGACAUCGCAGGUUUCACGUGAGGAUCAACCCUUGGAUCUGUCCAUUAAGCGAGAUCUGCUAACACCCAAAAGCGAGAGCUCGCCACCCUACAUACCGCCUCAGAACACUGAGGCCCUGAAUCCAGAGGCUGCCAUCAAUCUGAGCAGGAAGUUCUCCAGCUCCGCUUCGAUGUCGCCAGCUUCGAUUUCACCCUCAUCCGCAGCAGCCAUGUACUUUAACGCUGGCCCACCGCCUUCGCCGCCCAACAGUCAACUGGAGGCCACUCCUCGAACGACCGGCCAGGCCUUUCCUGGAUUGCCCUAUAUGCUGCCCAUGCCCCGACUCCCCAUGGAGGCCCUGUUCCAAAUGCGUCCCGGUGGCGAAUAUGCCCCCAAUCAUCCCCUGAUGAACAGUAUUAAGCUGCCCGAUUAUCGUGGCACAAGUCUGAGUCCCGGCGGAUCAGAGAAGCGUUCGUGGCGCGACGAUGACUCGCGCAUUUCACAUGAGGAUGACUUCAGCGGCGGACUGCUGCCGCCAAAGCCAAGGCGAGGCAAACAGGAGACCCAUGGCCAUGCUGGUGAUCCCGAUUUGCCCUUUGUGUGCGAUCAGUGUGACAAGGCCUUCGCCAAGCAGAGCUCAUUGGCACGCCACAAGUACGAGCAUUCCGGUCAAAGACCCUACCAGUGCAUGGACUGCCCCAAGGCCUUCAAGCACAAGCAUCAUCUGACGGAGCACAAGCGUCUGCAUAGCGGCGAGAAGCCCUUCCAAUGCUCAAAGUGCCUAAAACGCUUCUCUCAUUCGGGCAGCUACAGUCAGCACAUGAACCACCGCUACUCCUACUGCAAGCCCUACAGGGAAUAGGUAAGCGACACCUCAGUGCCGUCCACCUGCCAACCAGGAGCAGUUCCCCAACCGCCGGGAGGAGCGCCGCCACCGCCGACAUCCAAUCGUGGACGUCGUCGCGUCCAGUCGUUAAAUCCAGCGUAUCCGCCGCACCAGCACCAGCAUCCCCAUCAUCCGCAUCCACAUCCCCUGGCCGCCAUGGCCGCCUACCAGCAACAGCAGCAGCAGCAGCAUCAGCAUCGUCUGGCCUGGAAUGGAGCCGGGGUGAUGCUGCCACCACCGCCCAGUCAGCAACAACAUCGUCCGCCGGCUCCGCAUCCGCCGCCGCUGCUUUCGGCAGCGGGUUUCGGCCAGCCGCCGCCAACGGCAACGCAGUUCUUUCACCAUCAUGCAGGACUGCUACCACCACCGCCCCCGCCGCAGCAGCAGCAGCACCAGCAACAGCAGGCUGUGGGCACGCCUACAUCCUCGCCCGCCUUUGACUUCUUCAAUGCCAAAAUGUUUCCAAAUUAAGCAAGAAAAGGGUUCGUGUACCAGCUAGAAGCAAGCUUCCAACUCUGGUGGAGGAACAUGCUUAGUGGGUACACGGAACCAGGUGCAGUACACGACUUACAGGCUGUACUUAAUAUAACAGACGGAACCAGAAAAAUCUCAAAACGUGCAGGAACACACAAAACAACACACACACACGAGCACCUUUAGAUCGAGUCGAAAGAGAGAAAUAUUUUUUAUAGCCAUUUAACCUACCAAAACAAAAACAACACCC